AUGCAGCUGAAUAAUAAUGUGACUGAGUUCAUUCUGCUUGGGUUGACCCAGGAUCCUCUUAGGAAGAAAAUAGUGUUCAUCAUUUAUUUGCUUUUCUAUUUGGGGACAUUGCUGGGUAACUUUCUGAUUAUUACCACUAUCAAGAUUAGUCAGACACUUGAGAGUCCAAUGUACUUCUUCCUUUUCCAUUUAUCCUUAUCUGAAACCUGCUUCUCUACUUCCAUAGCACCUAGAAUGAUUGUGGAUGCCCUUUUGAAGAAUGCCACUAUCUCUUUCAGUGAGUGCAUAGUCCAAGUGUUUUCAUUCCACUUCUUUGGCUGCCUGGAGAUCUUCAUCCUGAUCCUCAUGGCCCUUGAUCGCUACGUGGCCAUCUGUAAGCCCCUGCAUUACAUGACCAUCAUGAGCCGACGGGUCUGUGGUAUGUUGGUGGCUGUGGCCUGGGUGGGGGCCUGCGUGCAUUCUUUAGCUCAGAUUUUUCUGGCCUUGAGUUUACCCUUCUGUGGUCCUAAUGUAAUUGAUCACUAUUUUUGUGACUUGCAGCCUUUGUUGCAACUUGCUUGUGCAAACACCUACAUAAUCAAUCUACUCUUGGUGUCCAACAGUGGGGCCGUCUGUUCACUGAGUUUUGUCAUCUUGAUGUUCUCCUAUGUUGUCAUUUUGUAUUCUCUGAGAAACCACAGUGCUGAAGGGAGGAGAAAAGCCCUCUUAACGUGCACCUCCCACAUCAUCGUGGUCAUCUUGUUGUUUGGUCCUUGUACAUUUAUAUACACACGCCCUGCAACCACUUUCUCCAUGGAUAAGUUUAUAGCUGUGUUUUAUACCCUUGGAACACCUUUGCUGAACCCUCUGAUUUAUACGCUGAGGAACGCAGAAGUGAAGAGUGCCAUGAAGAAGUUAUGGAGCAAGAAUUCGAUCUCAGAUGACAGAUAA